CCUCCUCCUCCUCCUCCUCCUCAAGGUCCUCCAUUUUCAAGCACACUUUCGCGCCAAAAGUGCUUGCUUCUUCAACUGCCUUCGUCCAAACCAAGCCGGAUUCAAUUUCAGAUGUAAAGGAGGUCAGCACCGACAAGAACAUUUUAGCUUGUCCCAUUUGUUAUGAACGUCUGAUUUGGAAUGGUGAUCCUGUUUUAUCUGUGGACUCUGCACCUCGGUGUAGUUUACAAUGCGGCACUUGUAAGAAGGCUUACUUUGGCAAUGAAACUCAUAUUGACCUGACAGUAGCUAGUGGGGCCAAGGAGUAUGGUGAAGCCAUGCCGGCUUCCACAGAGCUAUUCAGGGUUCCUCUGGUAUCAUUCCUCUAUGAGCGGGGCUGGCGACAAAGUUUUUCAGUAUGGGGUGGUUUUCCAGGCCCACAGAAGGAGUUUGAAUUAACAAAAGAUUUCCUUAAGCCAGUCUUAGGUGGAAACAUUGUCGAUGCAAGUUGUGGCAGUGGGUUGUUUUCAAGGCUCUUUGCCAAGAGUGGACUAUUUUCUCUUGUUGUUGCUUUGGAUUUUUCGGAGAACAUGCUGAAGCAAUGCUAUGAAUUUAUUAAUCAGGAGGAGAACUUUCCUAAAGAGAACUUCAUUUUGGUUAGAGCAGACAUCUCUAGGCUUCCAUUCGCUUCUAGCUCUGUAGAUGCAGUACAUGCUGGUGCUGCUUUGCACUGUUGGCCUUCGCCAUCGGCAGCUGUGGCUGAGAUAAGUCGAGUUUUACGGCCUGGAGGUGUUUUUGUUGCUACCACCUACAUAUUGGAUGGUCCUUUUGCAGUGGUCCCAUUUUUGAGGCCUCUGCGCCGGAACAUUGGGCAAUUCUCAGGCAGCCAUGUCUUCCUAGCUGAAAGUGAACUUGAAGAUCUCUGCAAUGCCUGCGGCCUUGUGGGUUUUACAUGCAACAGGAACGGACAGUUUGUGAUGAUUUCUGCUACAAAACCGAGCUAACAAUAUUUGGCUUUGUGUUGUUCUACCCAUUAUUUCUCAAACUACUUACAUGGGUGUCAGUAAUGUCCAAGCUUUGUAUUUGUUAAAACCGUGUACAGUGCCUGGCUUGCAAAUCUGUAUGGGAAAAAAAAAAACAUUUCUGAUGUAUUUAGAGAGAAAAUAUUUACUGAUAUAUUUAAAGAGAAUAUUUACUAAUUAGACUCUUGUACCUUCAUUGGAAUAUACAAUUUGUAGACGUUUAAUACACAGACAGUCUUCUUUGACUGGUAAAA